AUGCGACUGGGCGUCUUCCGACGCUGUUUUAGCAGAACCCAACGGUUAACACAGUAUAAAAAUGAUGAAUCACAGUAUCCUAUCUGGCCUGACGUAUUUGCUUACGCGGAUGGCGCAUCACGUGGUAAUCCCGGUCGAAGUGGAUGUGGUGCUCUUUUAGUAGAUCCGAUGACGGGCAAUGUCUUGGCUACUGAUGCGAAAUAUGUGGGUGACUACGAAACGAAUAAUGCUGCUGAAUAUCAUGGACUCGUACUAGCACUGCAAAUGGCUCAGCGACACCAAGUCACACACGUGCAUAUUCGCAUGGACUCACAGCUCAUUGUGCGACAGAUGCAGGGCCAAUAUCAAGUCAAAGCCGCAAAUUUGCGGAGACUUUACCAACAGUGUAAGGACCUUAGCGCUAAGCUGCCCCACGUUACCUUCACCCAUGUGAACCGAGAGAAGAAUGUUAAAGCUGAUCAGUUGGCUAACGAAGUUAUUGAUGCACAUGCUGCCUCGAUUGAGGGAGACUUGAUAGAUCACUAG